CCCGCCCCCUGUCCGGCUCCCGGCUCCCAUUGUCUCCUCAGAUGCCGCUUGGUCCAGCUAUCGUGCUCGGUGUUUAGUUUUCCGAGGUCGCGCUCUUUCUCUGCCCGGCGGAGAGGUCCCGCGGCAGAGAACCGGCUUCCCGAGUUCGGACUGUUCUUUCCUUCUUAGGACACACUUUGCUGAACCAGGGUGGCAACAGCUAUGUCCGCUCUGCGAUCUCUUCUGCUUCUACUGCUGUCUCUGUGUCCCGGUCCUGGUCCUGGACCCGGGAGCGAGGCAAAGGUCACCCGGAGUUGCGUUGAGACCCGGCAGGUGCUGGGGGCCAGGGGAUAUAGCUUAAGCCUACUCCCUCCCGCCCUGAUCUCAGGUGAGCACCUCCGGAUCUGUCCCCAGGAGUACACCUGCUGUUCCAGUGAGAUAGAGCAGAGGCUGACUUGGGAGACUGAGACCACCUUCCGAGGCCUGGUGGAGGAGAACGGCUCAUUCCUUGUUCACACACUGGCUGCCCGGCACAGAAAAUUUGAUGAACUUUUUCGGGAGAUACUCUUGUCAUCUGAGCGCUCUCUGGCCCUGCUCUUCCACCGCUCCUUCGGCCACCUGUAUUCCCAGCACGCCCCUGUAUUCAGUGGCCUGUUCUCUCGGCUGCGGGACUACUAUGAGAGGUCCGGUGAGGGGUUAGAUGACGCUUUGGUGGAUUUCUGGGCACAGCUCCUGGAGAGAUUGUUCCCCCUGCUGCAUCCACAGUACACCUUCUCCCCCGACUACCUGUUUUGCCUCACUCGCCUCGCCUCUUCUGCUGAUGACUCUCUGAAGCCUUUCGGGGACGCACCCCACCGCCUCCACCUGCAGAUAACCCGGGCCCUGGUGGCUGCCCGGGCCUUUAUCCAGGGCCUGGAAACCGGAAGAGAUGUGGUCAGCGAAACACUUAAGGUGCCCAUGUCUGAAGGCUGCAGGAGAGCUGUGAUGCGUCUGACCGGCUGCCCCCUUUGUCGGGGCAUCCCCUCACUGCCACCCUGCCGGGGCUUCUGCCUCAAUGUGGCCAAUGGCUGUCUCCACAGCCAGGGACUGGAUCCUGACUGGGGGUCCUAUCUGGAUGGUCUCCUGUUCCUGGCUGAGAAGCUCCAGGGCUCUUUUUCUUUUGAGCUGGCAACCCAGUCCAUUGGGGUGAGGAUCUCAGAAGCUUUGAUGUAUCUGCAGGAAAACAGUGUGGCAGUGUCAGCCCAGGUGUUUCAGCAAUGUGGGAACCCCCAACGGCUACAAGGUGGGUGGGUGGUGGGAAGUGGGAGGGCGCGUGCUCCAGCCCAGCCGCGCUCUCCGCUCACCCAGGUAUGGGAGCUCCGCGAGCGGCUGGGCCGGGUGAGGGGCUUCUGGGCCGGGCUGCCCCUGGCGGUGUGCGGGGACUCCCGCAUGGCAGCGGACAUCUCGGAGGAGGCGGCGCCCUGCUGGACCGGAGCUGGGCGGGGCCGGUACUUGUCGCCGGUGGUCGGGGUGUCUCUGUCCGAGCAGCUCGACAACCCAGAGAUGGCCAAGGAAGACUCGAGCGUCGACCUCCAGACGCGGAGGCGGCGGCUGCAGCUCCGGGCGGCCACGACCAGGAUGAGGGUGGCCGCGCUAGGACGCGACCUGGAACUGGAGGACUGGGAUGAAGAAGACACCAGUGGUUCUGGAGAGGGACAGCACUAUGCAGAUGACUGGAUGGCUGGGACAGCAGCUGUGGCCCCUCCAGCCAGGCUGCCUCGCCCUCCUCGAAGGGACGUUAGUGGGAGCAAAGGAGGAGGUGUCCUUGUCCGCCACAACCAGGGCAGGAGCAGGACUGGGGGGACAUCUGUUGGUUUUCACACCGAACCCAUCCUCAUUCUCUUCCUCUCAGCCCUGGCCCUGCUUGGACCAAGAUAAUGGGGGAGGGGUGCCCUAGCAUCAGAAGGGUUCAUGGCCCUUCCCCUCCUCCCCCCUGCCCCUCAGCUGGGUCUGGGGAGGAGUUGAAGGGGGAUGCAGAGAGGUAGAGAAAGGGACUUUUUGGGUGAAUGGCUGGGGCCCCAAAUCCAGGAGAUUACCAUUGGUGGGUUGGGGGUGGGUGGGUGGGUGUGGGUGUUCACAAUAUUUAUUUUUUCAUUUACAAUCUGGGGAGGAGGGGGCUAGGGGUAUUUAUUUAGUUAAGAGGUGUACUCGCCAACCAAGCCUCUAUGUUGGGCCAGUUGUCAGCCCCAACAAGGAAAAAGGAGUUUUAGAGUUGCGACUGGGGGUGGGGUUUGAAAGAAGUUGGAUGUGGGGAAGGGUGGGGCACCUGGUCUCAUAGGGGCAAAGCUGGGUGCUGAUGGGGUGCAGGGCAGGGGACUGGGGUGUGUGAAUAGGGUCAAGAUCUGGGGGCCUGGUUUCUAUGGAGUUUUCUCGGCAUCAGUUUCUUAAACAAAAAUACCAAAAAGAAAAACAAGGGCUCAUUUCAUAAUCUCUGUCAUCCACAUCCUUCACAAGCUUCCACACUUCCUAUUUCAGUGUUGGAUUUAGUGUUUAUUCUACAAAUAAACAGCUAACGUAUUGGA